AAUACAGCAUGGAAGCAGAAAACUACAAGAGCAAAACACUCUUCGUGAGAAACCUGCCAUUUGUAACUACAAAUGAAAAGCUGACGACAUUGUUUGAAGAUAUUGGCCCAAUUAAACAAUGUUUUGUUGUUAAGAAAAAAGAUUCUGACCUCUGCCGUGGGUUUGGUUAUGUCAAGUUUUCUCUCAUUGAGGAUGCCAUUAAAGCCAAAGACACAAUAACUCAGUUAGAUGGAAGGAAGUUAACGGUGAGCUUUGCUGAUCAUAAACGGAAGAAACCACCAAGGAAGUUCUCCAAGAAAGAAGAUGAUAGCGAGAGUGAUGAAGAGAGGGAGCAGGAGGAGGCUAAAGAAACACAACAAGUUGGAAGAACUGUUGAAAAGGGGGAUACUGAAUCUGGUCCUAACCAGAACUCGAAGUACUUGAAGGCUAAAAUUGUGGUGCUCACAGGUUUUGGCACCGACCUUGACCUUGGUGGCGUGACAGAUUUAGUCAGUCAUGUGAAGAAAGUAAACAAGAUUGUCUACCCAGUAGAAGACAGGAAUGUCCCAACAGCUUUCCUCAAGUUCAAGUGUGUCCGAGACGCAAAACUGGCCAUCAGGAAAGUGCAUGAGAAAACUAUUAAAGGCUGUCAACUCUCCGCAGUACAUCUGUCUAAAGAGUUUGCUGAGAUGCCCCAGAAGAUGCUGAAGAAAUGUCGACUCAUAAUCCGAAACCUCUCCUUUCAGUUAGGAGAUGAAGAACUGCGCUCUCACUUUGAGGGCUUCGGGGAACUGACUGACGUUACCAUUCCCACUAAACCAGAUGGCAAGAAGACUGGGUUCGGGUUCGUUCAGUUCACCAAUAUCAAGGAUGCUGAGGCAGCAAUAUCUGGUAUGAAUGGUGUCAAGUUAAAAGGUCGGCCUGUAGCAGUGGACUGGGCAUUGAGCAAGCAUACAUACGAGGCACUGAAAGACAAAGAUACAGCCGCAUCCUCAAAAGUGGAUGAGGGGUCAUUCAGUGCAGAAAGUGAGGAGGGGAGUGAGAGUGACCAGAAUGCAGGGAGUGACAGUGAGUCCAUGUCAUCAGAGGAGGAGGAGGAGCAGGAAGACUCAGAGGAAGAACCUGAAGAGGAUUCCGACAGCUCGGGUUCGAGUGACGAGGGGUCCAGUGACGAGGGAUACAGUGACGAGUCAGAAGAUGACACAAAGAAAACCAAAAAGAAAAAGAAACCUGAAGCAAAGAGUGACAUCAGUGAAGGGAAAACUCUCUUUAUCAGAAAUGUUCCCUUCAGGUGUGAGGAAGACGAUUUGCAAGAUGUACUCUCCGACUUUGGCAAUAUUGUCUACUGUAAACUUGUGAUGGACCCCUACACUCAACAUCCUAAAGGCACAGCAUUUGUCAAGUUUGACACUGUGGAGGAAGCCGACAAGUGUUUGGCUAAGUCAAAGGACACCAGCAGGAAUGGAGGCAUCACUAUAAUGGACCGGCCGUUGGUCUUCUCACAUGCUGUCAGUCGUAAAGAAGCUGAUGAUUUGAUGGACAAGGAAAAGAAGAAGGAAAACAAGCUGGAUAAGAGGAAUCUCUUCCUUGUGAGAGAGGGCUUGAUCCGACCUGGCACUCAGGCAGCUCAAGGUAUAUCCAAGGCAGAUCUUGACAAACGAGCCAAGAUCGAAUCGCAGAUGCGUCAGAAGCUGAAGAAUGCAAACAUCUUUGUGUCCUCAACCCGCCUCUGUAUCCAGAACCUGCCCGUUGCCAUGGAAGACGCGGUGCUUAGACAGAAAAUACUGGAAGCAACAGACGUUGCAGCUAAACAUAUAACAGAGUGUCGGAUCAUGCGGGACACAACCCGGGUGACCAACAAGAGCAAGGGCAAGUCUCGGGGAUAUGCGUUUGUGGAUUUCUCGGAACACCAACAUGCUCUGGAAGCCCUGAAGACAAUCAACAACACAGUGCAUGGCGGCAAGAGGCUGAUCGUCCACUUCUCCCUGGAGGACCAGAGGAUGCUGCUGAUUCGCCAGAAGAAGCUGGAGAAGAUGAAGGCUCGGAAAGCUGCGGUGAUGAAGAAGGAUACGUCAGAAGACACCAAAGGGGGAAGCAGCUCCCAGAAGUCUGUGUCGGUGAAACUGGGUCAGGUGAAAGCCAGUGCCAAGAGGAAGAGCGAGCAGGACCUUGUGGCCAGGAAGCUGUGGACAGGGCCUAAAGGUCUGCCAUCUCACUCAGGGGCUAAAGUCAGGCACAAGUCCAGGCAAGGGCAAGGCCAAGGUCAAGGGCAGGGAAAGGGAGAGAAGAAGGAUCACAUGAGGAAAGGUCAGAAGAGGCCAGCAUCAAAUAUUUCUGAAAAGGAACCAGCAAAGAAGAAGAAGAAGAAGUCGAGGAAGGGUAAUAAAGGGCCCGGCAGUGACAACUUUGACCGGCUCGUACAGUCCUACAAGAAUAAGAUGACUGCAGCAGGGGACAGUGUGAGACAGAAGUGGUUCAACUGACCAGGGCUGACCUCUGCCUGACGCAUGGACAGUGGAUAUCUCUUCAUGAAGCAUGGACAGUGUGAGAUCUCUCCAUGAAGCAUGGACAGUGUGAGAUCUCUCCAUGAAGCAUGGAAAGUUUGAGACCUCUUCAUUAAGCAGCGGACAUUAUGAGUGAGUGAGUGAGUUGGGUUUAACGCCGCUUUUAACAUUAUUCCAGUUAUAUCACGGCAUGUCAACUUAAUGUGGGAGGAAAGCCCAACGUGAUAAAGGUCUCAGACGUUUACCACUUCGGUGAAACCCAUGAGCACGGGUAUGGUGCUGACAAACCUAGAAACAUAAUUGGCGCAAAUCGGGAUUUGAACCCACAGUCAUAGGUUUCUGGCCUACCCAAGGGACAGCAAAUCGCAGCGCCAUAGACGACCUGGCCACCCGUGCCCCCCGGGCAAUAUGAGACACAGAAGUGGUUCAUCUGACCACUGCUGACCCUCUUCAAAAGGAUGUCAUUGUAUAUCGCAAUAUUGAUGUAUCAGUAAUUUUUCCGUCAAUGCUGUACCCAUACAACUUUAUGAAUAUUUAUAUUAAGUAAAUAAUUCACUGCCAGUGAAAUGUUUAUUUGUUACGAUUACCAUGGUUAAGAUGGACAGUGAGCGGGCAGAAAAUUCAAUUUUGAAUAUUUAAUGACUCUGCCUAGUUCAUAUUUAUCCUUAUGUACAGGUUUACAUAGGUAAUUUUUAUCCAUACACAUACAGAAUAUUAUUAAUUGAUGAAUUUUGAUACAUAUGAGUCGAUAUAGCAAUGCUAAAAUUUCUAAUCUAUGACACUCCUACCUCUUAAUGAAGCUGGGGCGGUCGGGUAGCCUAGUGGUAAAGCGUUCGCUCGUCACGCCGAAGACCCGGGUUCGAUUCCCGACAUGGGUACAAUGUGUGAAGCCCAUUUCUGGUGUCCCCCGCCGUGAUAUUGCUGGAAUAUUGCUUAAAGCGGCGUAAAAGCAUACUCACUCACUCACUUAAUGAAGCUGUGGCAGUCAAUCUGAUUAAUGAAUGACACUGGUGGAGACACAGAAACAAUAAGUAAGUGUGGUUUUACGCUGCAUUUAGCAAUAAUCCAGCACUAUCACAGCAGGGUACACCAAAAAUGGGCUUCACACAUUGUACCAUGUUGAGAAUCAAACCCGAGCCUUCAUCAUGAGGAGCAAACACUUAAACCACUCGGCUACCCCACUGAUUAAUGCUGAUUCCAUUGUGUAGAUGACAUGUACAGAUUUGUUAAUGUGUUUUUGUUCAUAGAAUUUUAUGAAAAAACUUUUGAAUGAAUUUUCCAUGUGUUUUACUUUGAAAAAUAUGAAUUGUAUGAGUUGUCACACUCAUUACAUUGUAUUUUCUUGAAAAAGGUAUGCAUUUUAAACUCCCGAUUAUAGUUAUGAACAUCAGAAAUUGAUAUGAUUAAAAUAUAGGGUUUAAUAACUUCCAAAAAUUUAUUUCAAGUGUGGGAGGUAAUUGUCCAUUGUAUGUGAAAGUAGCAGAUUUAUUACCAUUGUAAGUUGAUAUGAAAGUACAAAGGUAAUGGUCGUCAUAUUUUGACAUGAAAGCUCAUGAGUUGUUGGCCAUCAUAUGUUUAUAGGAUGUUUUUGGCGUUCAUGACCAAAGUAUGUGAGCAGAAAUGGGGUUUAAUGUCACGUUCAAGAUAAAUGUGAUGUGCAUGUAUGUAUGUAUGUGUGUAUGUGUGGCUUCUUGUACUGGUCUGGACUAUUGCUAAUGCGAAGUGCUAGAACACUGAGCUACCAAACCACAGUUUAACAUGGAUACCCAACUCAGUCACAGUAUGCUGACCGUCCUUGUUUUAGCCCCUUAACCUUGAGUGCCAGGCUAACAACAAAUACCGUCUUUUAAUGUCUUGAGGUAUGACACAUCUCGGGAUUGAACCACCAAAUUUUCACAUUCAAACAGAUCCUCCCUCCGCUACAUCAAAGAGGGGUCAUAACCAUAGUAUGUUGAUGUGGAGAUUAUAAUAGUUAGUGACCAUCAUUGUCCAGAAGUAUAAAAGUUAAUGACUGCUACAAGAGGUUCCAUUCUUUUUUAAAUCCUGCAUCGGAUUCAUUUAGGAGCUAAAAGUGAAGGAAUACAGGAUAUAUUUCUGUGGUUUGUUGGAUGUUAAAACAAUAACAAAGACUGAAGCAAGUGAAUGAAAAGAACAAGAUAUAUGACAGUUGUAUCACUCCGUGGAGCACAGCCCAGUGGAGAGGUUCCAGGAAUGUGUGGAAUGAUGGCCGGCCGCAUUAGUGCCUCAUGCACAAGUAGAUGGUUGAGGAAAUAUCAAGAAAUAGGUCUGCUUGUGUUUCUAAGUGUUUACAAUCAAUGGUGGCUAUUCAAAAAACUGACAGCAGAAAAAUGAUAUGAUGGCAGCUAUUCUUGGAAGGAAGAGCCCUGUAAUUGUACUGAGUCUGAAGGUCAGUGCAUCUAGUGAGAAGUUGUCAUGUCAUGCAAUGUGGUCACUCUACAUUCUUGUUGAAUAAAACAGGUGCUUGUCAUGCAUUGUAGACAGUCUGGGGUCGUUUUUGAAUAAAGCAUGUGUCAGUUG